AACAACCAUGGAAGUCAGCAAGAUUCCUCAAGGGCUCAGCAAGGUGGCUGUGAGGAAGAAGGGGUGACUAAGCCGCCUUGUUCUAAUAUCAUCCUGGUAAAAAGACAGGACAGAAGGACAUCAGCAGCCUCACAGCGCACUGCUUGUGCAGGGAGACCCACCAUCUGCUCUGAGUGUGGAAAGGGCUUCAGUCGGAGCAUCCAUCUCACCCAGCACCAGCGAAUGCACACUGGGGAGCGCCCCUUCCUAUGUGGAGAUUGUGGCAAGGGCUUCAGCCAGAGUUCCCAUCUCAUCCAGCACCAGCGGGUCCACACAGGCCAGAAACCCUACACCUGUGUUGAGUGUGGGAAGAGCUUCAGCCAGAGCUCUAACCUCCUCAAGCACCAGCGCAUCCACACCGGGCUCAAGCCCUACAUGUGCAGUGAGUGUGGCAAGAUCUUCAGUGACAGCUCCACCUGCAUCAAGCACCAGCGAAUGCACACAGGCGAGCGGCCCUACAAGUGCCCAGCCUGUGGGAAAAGCUUCAGCCAACACUCCCACCUCCUUCAGCACCAGCGAACCCAUGAUGGCAUCCGGCCUUAUGCCUGUGGGCAGUGUGGCAAACAUUUUGGGCAGAGCUCUGACCUCCUUAACCACACUCGUACCCACACUGGUGAGAAGCCUUACAAAUGCAGCCAGUGUGGCCAGGGCUUCAGUGGCAACUCCAACCUCAUCAAGCAUAUCCGUAUCCACACUGGGGAGCAGCCGUACCACUGCACCCAGUGUGGGGAGAGUUUUCGUUUCCAGCCCCAGCUGGUGCGCCACCAGAAGCACCACAUGGACUAGCUGGUGGAGUGGAGAAGGCUUUGUGGACCAUAGGCAGCUACCUCGUGUUGGGAAGAUGCACAACUGCUCCCUGGACACCUCAUAUGGGACAUGAGUUUUGCGGAAGGGAGCCCUCAGAGCCUUGUCCUGUUGUGUUCUGGGUAACUCUGAGCACUGUCUGGGCAGUUGAGCAGAGGGAGUCUGCUGCAAAACAAGCUAUGUUCACUGUGAUGCAGUGGUUGUUCUGAGCCCCUCUUUCGGGGAUAGGAAGAGGAAAGGUGCUUAUAUGGUACAGUAUAUUCAAGGCCAGAGAAGAGAACAUAGGACCGGUGUCUUUCUCUGUUAUUUCUACCAGGGAAUGGUUUUUAUCCCAGUAAAAAAGAGCUAAAAUCUGUACCUGUUUGCUGUACAAGGUUUGCUGUAGAAGCUGCCUGGGUUUUACCACAUGAUAAGGCCAGAGCCUGGGAUGAUCACUCCCUUUAGAAUCCGC